UCUAUUCAUUAUAUUAUCUAUGAAAGCAUUAUCUUUAUCUGCAAGAACAUUUUUAUCCAUAGAACAGAUGUUUCGUGUAUUCUUCGCGUUCUUUUUAUAAAGAUAUUUCAUAAUAAAAGAAGAAUUCGCUAAAGGUGUUCGCUGUUGCAGUAAAUUAAGAGCAAAUUAAUGUAUAUGAGGCGUAAACGCUUGAACCCGAUUUUUCGUUGGGGUGAAAAUGUCACAAAACAAUUGCUUACGUUAACCUUGGACGAAAUUAAAAGAAAUUCAGCGGGUUUUGAAAAACCCACCGCUCAAAAGUUUUAUAAGAAAAUUUCGGCGAAUUCGAAAUCAUUGCAGAUGACAAAUUGGAGUUCUAUGAAAAACAAAAUUCGGAAUUGCAAAGUUUUGUAUAUGAACGCCAGGAAAUGGAAGCAAGAAACUAAUAAGUUGUCGAAUGAUGAGGAAGUGAUCAAAGAAUAUUUACACAAAAUCUGUCCUCAUUACGAUAUUUUGGAUGAAAUUUUUGGUGCCUAUCUAGAAGAUACAUUUGAUUUUUCUGAAGAUACAGAAACAAAUGACAAUGCCUGCUACAAUGAUUUUAAAGUCAGCGAUCAUUCGAACACUGAAGAGUCGCAAAGCAAUCUCGAUGAAAGUCUAAUCCAAGAUGAUGAUCCAUUAAUGGCGUCCAGUUUUGUUGCUCCAGAGGCAAAUACGGAAAUUGCAGAUACACAGACAACAGUAAACGAUAGAAAAGUUUGUUCAUGUCGUUGGAAAUUUUGGGCGAAUAUUGAAGAAAGCAAACUAGAAAUCGAACAAAAGAAACUAGAUUUCGAGGAAAAAAAAUUCGAAUGGCAAUUGGAAAGGGAAGAAGCUGAAUUGGAAUUAAAAGAAAAACAACUCAAACAACAAUUUGAACUGAGAAAACUGGAAUUAGAAAAAGAGGAGCGAUUAGAGACAGAAAAGAUUCAAGCAAUGACUAUUCACAAGCAGAAACCAACAGCACAAAGAUUUUAUAGUAAGAUAUCCACAAAGAGCUAUCAUUUACGUAAGACAAGUUGGAUUUCCAUGAAAAAUAAAUUGAGACAUCUGAAGAUACAUUACAUGAGGGCUCGAAAGCUCUUGCAUUUUGCAGACAAUAAAGGCGACACAGACUUUUUAAAUAAAAUUUGUCCUUAUUAUGAUAUUUUGCAUAAAAUUUUCGGUGUUCAUCUCAAGAGGGACAACAACAAUUUGAAUAAUAAAUCGAGUGAAGGUGAAUUUAAGGGUUUCGGAGAGUGGGAUGUCAGAAAUGGUGGCGGUUACACACAUGUUGGCGCGGAAUCAACGCAAACCUCCUUGACUUCAUCGGAGUUUAUCGAAAAGGUAUCUCGUCUUGAGGCAGUACCGAAUAGCUCGCAUUCCUCUUCCAUGCCGAAUUUGCAUACCGCAGGAACGCUUUUAGGAAAAUCAAAGUCGAAGCGUAAACAUGAGUUUGAAUGGACCGAACCAGCUUCUGAAUUUCUAUUAAAAUUGAUUCUGGAAGAGGUACAAAAUAACCCAGGCACAUUUGAAAAGCCAACAAGACCAGCGUUUUAUAAAAAAAUCUCUGCAAGUUGUCGCCAAUUAAAGGAUGCCAGUUGGAUAUCUAUGAAACGCAAAUUGAAGAAUCUCCACAUGGAUUACCUAAAAGCCAAAAUAUGGUCAAGAGAAUCGAAUAUCAAUCAAGAUCAGCAAGUUAUUGCAGCGCGUUUAAAUGAAAUAUGUCCUCACUAUGGUAUUUUGGAUAAAAUCUUUGCUUCCGACGGAGGAGAGCAAUCAAUCACGAAUAGUGCAAACGAACAAAAGUUUAGCAGUGUUAACUUUUGGGUUAAUGAUGGCUUUGACGUUUCCGUUAGAGAGAGCGGACUGCAACAAUGCGUCUCGGAGGCAACAUUCAUUGAAACUCCUGAAAAGACUGAUGAUAUGGAUAUAGAAAAAUUGGAAAACGAACGUGUCGGAUGUUCUCAUUUUGGUUCAAACUCAACAUUAGGAUUUGUUGAGCGUUCGCAGUCGUUUCCAGUUUACCCAGAGGAGUUAUUAGUUUCCACACAAGAUAUACAACCGCCGAAGCUGUCGAGUCAUGGAAUCGGUACAAAUACUUGCUUUUCUUGUUUGGCUUUCGAGAGAAAGAAAUUGGAAGUUGAGCAUCAAAAGUUGCAAUUGGAACAAAAGAAAUUCGAAUGGCAACAAGAAAAGGAGGGAGCCGAAUUGCAAUUAAAACAAAGGGAACUUGAAAAUCAAUUCGAACUGAAAAGUUUGGAGUUAGCUAAAGAAGAAAGGAUGGAAAAGGCCAAACUGCAAUUGGAGCACCAAGAAAAAAUAAGAAAAUAUGAAAUGAAAAUGAAAAUCAACCAUUUCAAAAGAUCGUCCGGACAUUAUAAUCCACACAGUUAA